AUGUCAUUACCCCACAUCAAUGCUACAUCAUCACCUCAUGUCCAUACUACUUCACUAUCCCAUGGCCAUAUUAUAUCAUCAUCCCAUGUCCAUACUACAUCAUCACCCCAUGUCCAUGCUACAUCAUCACCCUAUAUCCACACUACAUCAUUACCACAUAUCCAUGCUGCAUCACCUCAUGUCCAUGCCACAUCAUCACCCCAUGAUCUUGCUACCUCAUCGCUCUGUGUCUAUGCUACAUCAUCACCUCAUGUCCACACUACCUCAUCAGCCCAUGUCCAUGCUACAUCCUCAAUCUAUGUUCAUGCUACGUCAUCAGCCAUGUCCAUACUACAUCAUCACCCCAUGUCCAUGCUACAUUAUCACCCCAUACUACAUCAUCACUCCAUAUCCAUGCUACAUCAUCACCCCAUGUCCAUGCUACAUCAUUACACCAUAUCCAUGUUACAUCAUCAUCCCAUGUCCAUACUACAUCAUCACCCCAUGUCUAUGCUACAUCAUCACCCUAUGUCCAUGCUACAUCAUCACCCCAUGUCCUCUCUACAUUACCUCAUGUCCAUGCUACAUCUUCACCUCAUGUCCAUGCUACAUCACCAUUACCCCCAUGUCCACACUACAUCACCCCAUGUCCAUGCUGCAUCAACAACUCAUGUCCAUUCUGCAUCAUCAUCCCAUGUCCAUGCUACAUCAUCACCCCAUGUCCAUACCACAUCAUCCCAUGUCCAUACUACAUCACCUCAUGUCCAUGCUACAUCAUCACUCCAUGUUCAUCCUAUAUCAUCAUCCCAUGUCCAUACUACAUCAUCACCCCAUACUACAUCAUCACACCAUAUCCAUGCUACAUCAUCACAUCAUAUCCAUGUUAUAUCAUCACCUCAUGUCCAUGCUACAUCAUCACCCCAUGUCCAUGCUACAUCACCCUAUACUACAUCAUCACACCAUAUCCACGCUACAUCAUCACAUCAUAUUCAUAUUACAUCAUCACCUCAUGUCCAUGCUACAUCAUCAUCCCAUGUUUAUGCUACAUCAUCAUCCCAUGUCCAUGCCACACCAUCACCUCAUGUCCAUGCUGCAUCAUCUCAUAUCCCUGCUACAUCGUCACCUCCUAUCCAUGCUACAUCACUCCAUGUCCAUACUACAUCAUCACCCCAAGUCCACACAUCAUCACCCCAUGUCCAUUCUACAGCAUUAUCCCAUAUCCAUACUACAUCACCCCUUGUCCAUGCUACAUCAUCACCCAUGUCUAUGCUACAUCAUCAUCUCAUGUCCACGUGA